CACAGCUGAUGAUGAGAACCUACCUUCAAAUGGACAGCUUAGGAAACAGAAUCGUCAAUCUCUUAAACGCUUGCACCUCUUCAACCCAGCUACACCAAAUUCAAGCCCAAAUCCUAGUAAACAAUCUGCACCCCAACACAAAAAUCCAUUCCCACUUCAUCCAUGCUUCUGAAUCUCUAGGUCUUCUGAACUCCGCUCUCCUCUUCUUUAAUCAACUCCAGAAACCACAUGUAUUCAUCUGCAAUUCCCUCAUCAGGGCCUUCUCUCAUUCCUGUUCUCCACAAACCUCCGUCUCUGUUUACACUCGCAUGCUCAAUGCCUCUGUUUCUCCUAAUCACUUCACCUUCCCUUUCCUUCUUAAAUCUCUUUCCGACCUCAGAUACCUUGACCAGGGCCGAUCUAUUCAUUCCCAGAUCCUCAAAUUAGGUCAUCUCAAUGAUAUUUACGUUCAAAAUUCACUCUUGAACGUUUAUGCGUCGUGCGGUGAUAUGUGUACAUGCCAACAGGUGUUCUAUGAAAUGCCUCAGAGAGAUGCAGUUUCAUGGACUGUCUUAAUUGAUGGCAAUCGAAAUUCUGGGGAGCUUGAUGAAGCGCUGAUUACCUUCGAGCGAAUGCUAUACUCAGGUGUGUCUCCAAAUCGUGUAACAAUGGUUAAUGCAUUGUCUGCCUGUGCCUGCUCUGGGGCGCUUGAAAUGGGUGUUUGGAUACAUGAUUUCAUUACAAAGAAUAGUUGGGAACUGGAUGUGAUCCUGGGAACUUCUUUGGUUGAUAUGUAUACAAAAUGCGGGAGAAUCGAUGUGGGGUUGAGCGUUUUUCAGAACAUGCAUCAGAAGAAUGUAUUCACUUGGAAUGCGCUCAUCAAAGGUCUCGCUCUAGCAAAAAGUGGAAAGGAGGCACUUUUGUGGUUCUUUAGAAUGGAAACAGAAGGAAUCAAGCCGGAUGAAGUGAGUUUACUUGGGGUCCUAUGUGCUUGUAGCCACUCAGGGUUGGUAGAAGUAGGAAAACAGAUCUUUAAUUCUAUGGUUGAUGGGAGAUAUGGAUUCUCACCAGGGCCCAAGCAUUACAGUUGUAUGAUCGAUAUGUUGGGGCGUGCAGGGUAUCUUCAAGAAGCAUUUGAGUUCAUGGGAAAGAUGCCUUUCGAGCCUAAUAAAGUCAUGUGCGGAGCCUUCUUAGCAGGUUGCAGAGCCCAUGGGAACUUGGAACUGAGUGAAAUUGCAGGAAAAAAACUUGUUGAGGUAGAACCAGAGAAUGGUGCUUACUAUGUUUUGUUGUCUAACUUGUAUGCAGAAAUGGAAAGAUGGGAUGAUGUCGAGAGGGUGAGGUUGUUGAUGAAAGAGAGGGGACUUAGAAAAGAUUUGGGUUGUAGUUCAAUAGAGCUCAAAGAACCCACUAAUCAUGUAUAUGAAUUGUUGGCCGUAUGAGUUUCAAAUUUUUUUUAUCCCAAUGUCUUGAA